UUGGAAAUGGAUUCCUUUGUGUGUGACAAACUGAACCAGUGGGGUCUAAGUGAGUUUAUGGAGAUAUUUAAAGAUGAAGGGGUUGACAGAGAGACGCUUUAUUGUCUUGAGGAUGAAGAAAUUGACAAACUGAUACCAAAAGUGGAAGCAAGACCACUGUUCAAGAAGAGACUCGAGCUGUUAAAGAAUUUGUCCUCCACAAGUGAUACAGGGAAGCGAAAACUUGACGUUCAGGAGCAAUGUUGCAAAGAGAAACCAGCAGUAAAACGGCAGCGUGACAGUUUUCAAUUCUCAGGAUUACGAGGCAGGGUUGGCCACACUAUGGCUACGACCUCAUCAUGGCCUAGGAGGCACGCUAGCAUGACAGACAAGAGACAACUGGUUGGUGUUUUUGGUAAAACUGGAGCUGGAAAGACCUCCUUGAUAAAUGCUGUCAUUGGUGUGGGAAAACUUUUGCCAUCUGGAGAUGUUGAUGCAUGUACCUCAGUUAUGAUUAAAGUGGAGGCUAACCUGCACAACUCAAAGUAUGAAGCAGAGAUUGAGUUCAUCACCAAAGAGGUGUGGGAGGAUGAGUUGGAAACAGUAGAUCACUUUCUUGAAGAAGAUGGAGAGCAAGAGAAGCAUGAUGAUGAUCAUGAUAAUGAUGGCUAUCAUGACCUUAUUGAAAAGCUUUCAGCACUGUAUGGAGAAGAAUGGAAAGGAAAAUCCUCCAAACAGCUCAUAGAUAACAGACACUUCAGAGAGAUUCCAGAGUUUGAUCAGUCCACAAAGAAGAUUUUAACUUGUGAAUCAGCUCAAGAGUUAUCUGCAAUAAUUGUGAAGUAUACCAAACAAGGAGGACAUGGAGAAAUAAAACAGUGGUACUGGCCACUUGUGAAAUGUGUGACUGUCAAGGUACCAAACAAUAAUUUUCUCCAGCAUGUCACACUUGUGGACCUUCCAGGAAACGGAGAUCGCAACAAAAGCAGAGAUACAAUGUGGAAAGGGAUUGUUGGAAACUGUUCUGCAGUAUGGAUUGUAUCUGAAAUCAACCGAGCAGCAUCAGAUAUGGAAUCCUGGGAGAUCCUGAAAAGUGCUAAUAGUCUCCUUGGAAACGGUGGCGAAUGUCGUCACAUUCACUUCAUCUGCACCAAGUCUGAUGUUAUUGGAGAUUUACAUGAUCAGUCAGCAGCUGAUGUUCAGACCUUCAUCCUCAAAAGAAACAUGACAGCCAAGGAAGCAGUGAGCAAAGAAUUAAACAAGCUAACCAUGAUAAGGAAAUAUUUCAGCGAUGAGUGCUUCAAAGUGUUCACAGUGAGCUCUGCAGAGUUUCUGAAAAGUAAACACCUACAUCCAGAGAACACUGAAAUCCCAAAGCUUCAAGAUUUUUUGCAAAAUCUGAAUGACCGUCACUCGGAGACGCUGAACUAUGUUUCUGGAGCUCACCGGAUUUUCUCUUUGAUUCAAAGGGCCAGCUUGGGAGAAACAGAUGGCAGUAAUAAAGCUUUGUGUGAAGACCUAGAGACAAAUCUACACUGUCAACUUGAUGCAAUCAGAAAUGUUAUGAGAGAGAUCUACACCACCUUUGAAAAAUGUCUUGAUGAAGGAGCUGAAACAUCCAAAAGUUCAUGUGAAAAAAUCCUGAUGAGCUCCUUAAAGCCUGAUAGGAAGACUGGAAGUGCUCAAUGCAACACCGUGAAGAGUGUUGUCAAAAAUGGUGGAAUCCAUAGACCUAAAAAGGGGAAUGAAAAUAAUUUCAACAUAAAAUUAAGUUCGUUCUUGAGUAAGAGCAUCGACGAAGAAUUCAGGAAAACCUUCUCCAAUGAAGAAAACUGCGGUCCAUUCAACGGGGUGGUGAUCAAUAAGUUUUCACUUGACAUUGAAAAACUAAACCAAAGUACAAAGAUGCAGAACUGCAGCUGA